AUGCCCGGGAAGCGCGUGCGAAGCCUGCAGCUGGCCUCGAUCAGCCCGGGGCUGGGCGGCUGCCGCUGCGCCCAAGAGCGCGGACUCGGACGCCGCAACUCGGGAGGGCGCGGGUCUCCCGCUGCGAUCACCUGUUCCCGGCCCCGUGGCUCCACUCGCCGCGCAGCCUCCCCCGCUGCAGCUCCAGACGGGCCGCCGCCGCUCAAGCUCUCACUGCGACAGCGCCGCCGCCCCGCCCCCCGCCGGCCACGCCCUCAGGCCACGCCCACAUGCGCGCCCCGCGCCCCGCCUCUCCACCCGCCGCGGCACCCCAGUCUGGCCAAUGGAGAGCCUAGCCGGGAAGAAUGGGCGGGCACUUAUCUGAGCCACGCCCCUUGCUCCCAGUACUGGCGCUGCGCUCCCCCAUCCUGCUGGCUCCAAUGGUCCAGCUGCGCGCUGUGGCAAGGGCGGGGUGCAGAGCGAAGCGAGGUCAUUGGCUGCCUCCGAGGGAUCCCCGUUGGGCCACAAUCACCCAUUGGUUUCUGCUCGGCAUUCGCUGGACUCCGAGCGACCGAGACCCCCCCUCCACCGCCCACCUCCGCCUUGCGCCGCUCUGUGUUUCAGUCUCCCCCGGAAGGGCCAGGAGACCAGGUUGGUUUGGAAGGCUUUGCCAUCUUUGGGCGACCCUGUCACUUCUCAGCACCGGCCGGGGAUUGUCAGGUUGCUGGCAGCCAGGGAUGCUCAGAGCUCAGACCAGCUGCGGUGGUACGGCUGCUUCGCGCUGGGGGAUGGGGAUGGCUGGACCAAACCAGAGAGCUGUGGCCGCGGUUAGUUCUGGCUGAAUCAGUAUUUCCAGUGGUCCUUGCAAACCGCCACCAAAAACGUGGCCAAGGCUCUUGGGUGGGGUUAGCGAGAGAUGCUAACCUGAGAAGCAAGAAGAGAGGGAGAGAGAAACGCGGGGACCUGGACAUAAGCACGGGUCAUAUACAUACGACAUGCAUGUACAUUAAUAUUUGCGUUUUUAUGCGUACAGAGGCUGCCGGGUGGGUGUGUGCUUGCAUGCAAACACACACUUAAUUUCAGCACGGACACCCAAGCAAAUUAUACCAAAGUGUACCUAGACACGUCUAUAUUAGCAAACAUUGACAUGUGCACAGGCGUACCCAGAGACACCUCCACUAGCACACACGUACACAGGCAUGUGUUGUCAGACACGUGUGACCCAGACUCAAAGCACUGUCAUCCUGUGGACUUGAGUCUGCACCUGCCUUUGCUGUUAAACCUCACCGGGAGCAAAACAACACUGCUGUGUGGGUUUCAUGCAAAACACUUUACAGAGACAACAGCAGAGGGAGAGACAAUUUAAGAGGUGUAAUAGGCAAGAGGGAAAAUAUGUUUCCGCUGCAAUUUAAAACGAAACGCGGCAUUGACAAGACAGAAAAUACUGCAGGGAGCCCUUUCCCCACGGAAGAGGCGGCCCAGGCGGGCUCUCGCCUCAUAAAUCUUGCUUUUUCCCUGAGGCCUACUGCAGAUGGGCCACUGAGACUUCUAACCCUGGCCAGGCCAUUGCCAACACACACCCACACCUGACAUUUAAAUAUCCCUGGCAUAUAAAUUUCUUUCUGCUGAAAAUAAAAGAAAAAAGACUGCUGUGGGUAACAGGUGCAAAUAUUCUGGUUGCUGGAGAUGAAUAAUCCCUCCCAAUACACCUAGCUUAAAUGUAAAUUUCUACUUCAAAUACUUCAGUCUCUUGUGAGUUUGGCUGGCAGGAGCCAGUUUCCUGGAGUUAGCGAGUCAAUGAGAUAAGCAUGUGAUCGAUCUUUGGAUACAGUAGCCCAGAGGCCUAGCUUGGCUUCCCGGACAUCUCCCUUGCCCAAGCUUCUCACUGGAUCCCACAGGAAACUGCUGGCAUGUAUUUGGAGAACAAGGCAGGGACACUUACUUUCAGCUUCUCUAACAUUGUUCUGCACUGAGUGUGUGUGUUGGGGCGGGGUUCCCUGGAGGAGGUGGAAAACAAGAUGUCUGCUCACUGUGAUGGGACAUCACAACCAGUCCCUGGCUGUGUUCUGUGAGCCAGGAGCUAAGUAGGGCCACAGAGGCACUGGAGGUACAGAACCAGAACCCACAGAGGGCUAGUCCAUUUCAGACGAUAGGAUGUGGGUGAUUCAAACACACACAAACUGGUGGCUGACGAUCUUGCUAGUCAGCUCGCCGAGGCACACCUGCCCAUCCAUCCCUCCAGCCCCUGGCCACCCACACACACUGUGGCUCUUCUCUCACCAGCUGAAUCUCUAACAGUGGCCUGUACUCCAGCAUCUGCAAAGACCCUCCCGACAGGAACUGGAGCCUCUGUGACUUCCCUGAAUCUCAACCACAAUGCAGCCCUUGGACACUGUGUCUGAGUGAAUCAGUGAAUGAAUGAGCAAAUACCCAUUUACAGAAGAGGAACGCAAGGCCCAAGUGAGGACACAAAUGAACAUUUUCUAGGAAAUUCUUCAUUUACUCUUCAGAAUAAUCUUUUGCGAAUGAAGGAGUUGGACUGAAGAAAUGAAAUGAAAAUAUACCUGUGUGUAUAAUGAAGAAGUUAGGCAAGUAUUUCAGAAUAUUAAAACUUUGGCCGGAUGCGGAGGUCCUCCAUACCCUCACCUUUCUGGGCUAAGGCAAGAGGAUCAGGAGUUCAAGGGCACGUGGGAGGGUUUGUUUGUUUGUUUGUUUUUUUAAGUGGUGGUGGGGACAUUUUAGGUCAGGUCAGAAAAGUUCUCUCUGAGGAGUGGCAUUUGUCCAGAGACCAGAAGGAAGAGAGGGGAGGAAGGACAGCCACAGUCAGGGUGAGCCUGAGAUGCCAACAGGUUUGAUACGUUUGAGGGACACGAAGAACCGGGGAGCUGGAACUGGGGAUCCCCUCAGGCAACAGCAGUGUUGGGUUCAGGCCCCAGGCUGAGAAUAUGCCCAGAGCCAACAGAAGUAGCCUUUCUCUGUCUGGAUCCAGCAACCACUGAGUGUCUGAGCCCGCCAGAGCCUAUCCCCAGUGCUUCCUGUUAACACUAAUAUUCACCUUGGCUCCCGAUUGUCCACUGGAUCUAUUAAUAGACCUCUGAGGGGUUUUGCCUUUCCUAAGGAAGAUCUUCCAGGAGUGCUCCUCCCCGGUCAUCCUGCCUUACACAAAGCUCCAGCUAUGGAAACCACUCUUCCGUUCUGGCCUCUUGACCUGGCCGUGCGUUUGUCCACAGUAAUGGCUGUGCAGGGAACAUAGCAGGUUCAGGUCCUUCCCUCGUGGCAUGAGUAGCUUUGGUGAGGGACGGGUCCGGAAGAGCCUGACUUACAGUCCACAGCACACAGCUCUGGGCCUCCACAGUGAACCCAGAUUCUCUGGAGAGGCAGAACAAGGUUGGACAAUAGAGACAGCUACAGAGGGUGUAGAACUCAUAGACCCACAGAGCUCAGCCUGUGCGUGCAGUCGUGAGAGCUGGGAAACCCCACUGUCUGCAUCUACAAGCUAUCGACCUGGUGACCAGGUGCCAUUCCUGGGGUUAACCAGUCCCAUCCCAAAGGCUGGGGUACCGGAGGCUCUGGUGUUACAGGACAGGAGAUGGACGUCCCAGCACAACACAGAUGUCAUCCUCUGCGCCUGUCAGCUCUUUCAGGGUCUUGGGGAUGGACGGAAGCCACCUACCUGGUGGCCCACCUGCAGACCCAAAUGUUCAUCUCACCUGGACGUUAACGUCACAGACACACACCCAGUAACAAUGGGCUCAAUGGCUGUCUGGGUAGGCUUAGCCUAGUCAUGUGACAUAAAACGAGCCAAGAUGCUGGGCAAGCAUCCUCCCCUCCCCAGUGUUCCUCACUCCAGCCCUUGAGAGAUCUCUGGUUCAUUAGAGAAGCUAUAUGUUCUCUUUCCUUCUUCAGCCAACAGCACAUGGCGGGGCCUUGUCGCAGAGACCGGGACAUAUCUGGCUCUCCACUCUCUGUUGAAACUACAGUCCUGCUGAGAACCUAUGCUGAGAAGAGUGACCAUGGACACCCACAGCUCGGCCUCUGUGGCGAGGAUGGUGACUAUGGAUGCCUCUCCAUUGGUGCUCCCAAUGAGCUCCAGCUACACAAGGCAGAAUCUGAAGUGGGGGUCAGAUGAGGGACCCCUACACUCAAUCUCUGGGACAGUAAAAGGUGGGGGCAAGGGUGAGCUGCUAUACCGGUCCAGUGCCAAUCUUGGCAGACUCUAGGGGGUGCUAAAGAGCUAUAGCUGUCCUGGGUUAGUUGGGGUGGGUGAGUCUUUUAUUCCCACCCCAACAUUCACUGAUGACUCAUUAGACACAGAAAACCCUGGACAGGCCCAACAGCCCCAGACCUGGAGAAUCAAGUCCCUUCCUUCAUGAAAGGGGGACGGGCAUGCCGAGUCUGACAUCCACCACGAGGAGCUUGGGGAACCUCCAGGAGGAAGGGACACUGCAUCGUGAGGAGGCAGAGAUGGACUCGAAGAGAAGGGCAUUCAUCAGAAGACCAAAGCCCACGUGAGGCGCGGCAUUCUCCAGAGGCCAGGACCCAGUUCAGUUCCCAGCACCGAUGUCGGGGCCUUCACAACUACCUGUCACUCCUGCCCCAGGGGAUCGGACGCCCUCUUCUGGCCUCUGCAGGUACUCACACACAUGUGGCAUGUACACAUAUAAACACACAUACAACACACAAAUAAAAAUAAAAUAAUUGUUUUUUAAAGUAAAAUAGAGGGGAUAAGUACCCAGAAUCAAACCAUGCACCCCAAAUACUGAAGCCAGGAGACCAAGGAAGGCCCAGCCCAAGUCAGUGUCUGAGGAAAGAAUGAGGGGACCCUCCCCCUGGACAGAGUGGGAAACUAAGACCCACAGGGGUGACAGCCCUGAGCCUAGAGCCACCCAGCAAGGCAAAGCGAGGACCUGGCCUAGAACCCAGAGCCCAGCUCUCUGGCUCAGGCUUGUGCUAAAGCCAGCUGGAUCUUGCUGAGCGCCUCCACCCAGCUGUGCACAUCUGUCAGCCUCUGUAGGAUGAGACAAUGGCCAGGAGCAGGGCCAAGGACUUAAAACAUCCAGGCAGAACAGUGCAGGAUCCUCCGAGGGGUGGAGCUGGCAGCCACAUGCUGGGGCUGAGCCCGGGCCAGCAGGGCUGCCCCUCUGCUGGCCCUGAGCACUACAUUCCUGAGGUCACACCUCACCCCUGUUACCCCAGGAUUCCUGGCUAGGAGGCUGUCUGGGGGAAUGGCCCCUGCUGGAGGAUUACCUCAGCAAGCCCUAACUCCUCUCAGGGCCUCCUUCUGGAUAAACCGGUUCCUCCCAGUUCUGCUGGCCCCGCCCUUUGUGUCUGAUCCUAGAUUACUGUCCACGGCUGUCAAUACACUCCAAUCUGAGGAAGGAGUCAGUCAGCUCCUUGGGAUCCUCAGAACCUGGAGGGAGAUGAACGCUUGUACACUGGAGUUCUGGAUAUGUAGGAGGAAACACUACAACCCCUGGAAAGCUCCAAUGAGAGGGAGAUGGCCUCAGGUUCAGGGACUGCCAGUCUGAUGGAGGAGACCUUUGCCACCACCUGGAGGCUCUGUGAGCAUGCCCAGUUGUGGGCUGAGUGGGUCUCAGAACUCAGCACAGUGGCCCCUAGUUUACCACAGUCGGCCCUCCACCUCAACCGUGGGCGGUAGCCAGCCUCGGCACAACACUGCCACACCCCUGAGGCAACAGGAAACUCAUAUUCCUGACACACCCUUGCUUCUGGUGAGAAACUGGCAUGCUGUGGCUGCCACUGUCUCCAUAACGGUUCCCUCUUGUCCUGGGACCCGUGCCAAGCAGGCCCACAGUGUUGGCACUGGGCAGCCCCUGCCUGCCUCAGCUGGGCCCUGAAGAACUGCAGUUGGUCCAAAGUUCAAGUGUCCCCCUCCAGAAGCCUGGCUGGCAAUGCCCAACAGCACAACACUGUCCUGUUGUCACCAAAAGCCUGUUAGUGACAAAGACCCAGAACCCUUCUCCAGUCCACAAAACAGGUCCAUGCCAGUGACAGCUCCAGGAAGUUCCCGGUCAAGAUUAAACUGAGACAACACUGUUAAAAUGAUAACCCUGUGUGGAGGCGAGGUGGAACAUGGCUGCUUUUCUUUCAGUGGGAAAGUCUUUUUUCCUGCCUAGCACCCAGCCCCCUUCCUUAUCUGGGACAGGAGGUGCAUCUGUCUUAAGUGAAAAGCCGACAUUGGUCCCAGCCAGACAGAAGCAGGCUUAUCUCCACCUCCGACACUCACGCACGUGCCCUCAUGUCAGGGAACACGCCAGUGCCACAGGGCGGCACAAGCAGGUGCCACAGGCCAAGGUUGGGAUGCUGUGCUCAUGGGCAGUAGCCAUGCCAAGAUGCCCGGCGAGCACCCCAUUCCCUUACACAACAGAAGCCAUAAGGCACCUUGUCCACACUGGGAGCCACAACCUUUUCUGAAGUCCACCUCCUCUUGAGCCAGCUUUUUCCAGUAGUUUCCAUGAGCAAGUUGGUGUCUCUCCAGUAAGUUCUGUUGUUUUCCACCAAGAAAGUAGCCUGGAAGUUUGAGGAAGCAAAGAUCUGGUCUAGUCGGGACAGAAGGGAAAGUCCACCACACAUCCAAGGACAUGAAUCUCAUGGCCUGAAGGGUGUGGUGGGUGAUGAAAGAGCUAAUUAAAUUACACUUACUCUAUUAAUUAAACGUGGCCUGUGGCCAUCGGGGAGGGAAAAAGUACCUUGGAGGGCAGAGGACCUGAGUCCGCACGGCCUGUGGAGGGCAGGAGGAUUUUGACGCUUCUGUGACACCAGGCGGGUGGGGGAAGAACUCACCCUCAAAUCCACAGCUCCAGUCUGUGCCUGGGGCUGAGAAACGCUUUAUAUAACUGGGCUAAAAAUUCUCUGUCUUUUUCUGCCGCCGCCGCCGCCGGAGAGGUUUGUGGAAAACCAGUGCAAAGUCAGAUCCCUCGCGGGGACAAAUUCCAAAGGCGGCUGAGCUCACAGCUUCUUCUUCUGCCAGCUGUACACAGGCACACAGCCCGGGCAGCCCUGGGUCUUCCUUCCCUCAUUUUGUGGCCCUGUGAUGUGCGGGGUACAUUUUGCUGAAAGUAACAGAAACUGUGAGGCCCAGAGGGAGGGGGGCUCCUGGCACCCUCCAGUUCUGCUGGGAGUUUUCUCUCUCGUUUCUGCUGCUCUCCAGUCAGGAUGAUGUCAAUCAAGGGGGCACUGAAGUCAGCUGCUCUUGGUUUAUAAGGACUGACUGAGUGCAUCACACCCCAUUCAGGGGGUGUCCUACCUACAGCAGGAAUAAGCUACGGCGGGCAUAUUCACACCGGGUACAGCGCGCUUCCUAAGGGAAGCAUGGACCAGCAACUGCUUCUGUGCCCAGGAGAGAGGGGCGGGGGACCCUGUGCUGAUUGUGCAGCCAGGUCUUGUCUCUAUCUUUGUGGGCUUGGUCCCAGCAGGGAUCUCUCCUGGAGCCAUGGUGUGAGCUGCUCCCCACCCCCACCCCCAAGGAACAAAGGCACCGAACUAGGCUAAGGCUCUUUAAGGAAUAAGAUGAGCUUGAGGGACAGAAAGCAACAAUGCUGUCACAGCUGCUUGGGUGGCUCUCCCCCCCAUCCGCGGCUUCCCCUGAUUCUCUCUGAGCUUCAGGCUUGUGUAGCUGACCACUUAAAGGGACAUCUCCGCACGAACGUCAGCCCAUGCACCUGGCCCUGGCCGCGCACCCUGUUCUACCCACGUGCUAUACAGAUAUUAGCUCGGCUUCUCCACGCAGGAGCCCUGUGAGGCGGAGUCCAUCGUUACCCUCACCCAUAGGGGAGGAAAACGGGAUGACAGAGCUUCAGGGAACUUAUCACAGCCUCCCUGCUCUGGAGCCCGGACAUAAGCCACCCGGCCCCAGGUCUGAGCGUUGACCCUGUGUUCUGCCCCUCCUCCGUCUGAAAUGCUGCUCCCUCCUCUCUCAUCCUCACCCACACCUCCUGCAAUCCCUCCCUCCCCGCUUGUCUACCUACGGCUCAGCAUUCAGGUCUCUGUGUCGUUAUCACUGUGCGAACUCCGACCAGGACAGGUACCUCUGGCCAGGACAGGUACCUCACCUCUGGGUGCAGUGACUCUGCCUCCCACACCAUCUGUGUAAACAGCUGUCUUCUAGUCUGUUCUCUCUGUAACCAUCUCUUCUAGUCUGCGAACUUGGUGUCCCUGGACGACAGGAAAUGGGCCCCAUACCACAUGCCCACUCCCCUAGCUGGGGGCUUGGCACCUGGUAAAGAAUAGCUGAAGCCCAGUCCAGGGCCUCCCCGGUCCACGGUCAGGACUGUGCCUUGGUGGCCCCCCAUCUGCUACAGAUGCUCUGUGCAACCUUCCAAGCAGGUCCUCGCAGCUCCUCCACACGGCACUUCUCCAGCUGCGUCUACUUCACAGGCUCGGCACGGAUCUCCUCACCUCCGCUCCCAGCCUCCUUCCUGUUUUACUCUUUUAUUAAGAUUCUAAUUAAAUAAUUCUAAUUAAGUGUAAUGAGCUGAAUCGACAAACUUAUAGCGAUAAAGUGGCACUCGGGACGUGCUCUGUCCUGAUCUCUGGCAAUGGCAGUGUAGGAUGGGGGGGCCCUGCUGCUGGGGGGUGACUCGGUGCCUGGGUCUGGCCACCACCCUCACAUGGACAUCGUAGCUGGACACUGUGGUCCAGCUGAGGCCUCCUCUCAUCCGGCCUCCCUUCCAUUAUCUGCGAUAGGCAGAAGUCUCCCAGGGACGAUGAACACUGGCCUGUCCCCACUCAGGCCCCCGAUACCUGUGUCUGAGGGAACCACACAGCCCUCUCCACACCACGCCACACAUCUCAAGACCCCUGGCCUGGAGUUGGGCUCUGCUGACCAUGAGACAUCUGAAGAGGAGGUGCCUAGACCUGUCUGUCUCCCGGCCUGGGGUAGCUUUUCUGUGUCCCUCCCAAUCGGGAUGCCUUCAUGGUUUUUUUUUGGUUUUUCUCUGUGUAGCUUUGCGCCUUUCCUGGAACUCGCUUUGGAGACCAGGCUGGCCUUGAACUCACAGAGAUCCGCCUGGCUCUGCCUCCCAAGUGCUGGGAUUAAAGGCGUGCGCCACCACCGCCCGGCUGCCUUCACGGUUUUUAACGGCAGGUGGAUGGGAAUGAGGAAGACGUCAGAGAGAACAUGACAUAGUUACAUCCGGCCUCCCCCUUGGACUAACUCUUUCCUGCUGUGUGACCCCAGCAAUCACUCCAUCUCUCUGAGCUCUAACGACAGCUGCCCUUGAUCUAAUGCCCCCUAUCAGCCAUCAGGUUUGAGAUCCAGCAUCUCAGGCUGCCUGCCCCUUUUCGGCUGAGUGGCUCAGGUCAAGUGUCUUGAUCUCUCUGGGCCUCGGCUUCCUCUGUGAGACAGAAACAGUACCCACUUCAGAGGAUGGGCCUGAAGGCUGGAUGAUUAUAUUUCUCCACACUUAAGUAUGAGGUGGGUUCCCAUUCUACAGGUGAGAACACUGAGCCACUGUUUGGCUAAGGAUAUGGAAACAACAAGGACCAGGAGUAGGAUAUGAACCCAGAAUCCUUUGGCUCCUAACUGGUUUUGACCACCAAGUUCAGAAGUCUGGCUCACUUAGGAUUGCAGAGCCCAAACAUUCCGUCUUCCCUAAGUGGGAAGUGAGGGUCCUGUUCCAAUCUGGGAACGGGGUGGGGGGAUGGGUGGCAGCCUUUGGUUUUAAGACUUUGCACCUGGGGACCAUGGUCUGGGCCUCACUGCUCCAGUCGUCAGACUCCCAAGGGGUUAAGCCUCAAGCCCUCCCAGGAGCCACCUACUACAGCCCACAGAAGACCAAAUGGCUGUAGUCGGCAUGGUGGUGCAUCAGGCCUCUACUAGCAACCAGGAGGCAGACAGACGCAGAGGGUUCUCCAUGAGUCCCAGGCCAGCCAAGGUCUAGAGACUCUGUCUCAAAAGAACAAAAAGGAAAGACAGAAGACACAACAGGUCUUCUUUGGGUCCCCACCCCCCCCAGGUGUCUGACUGCAGCCUGGCCCCUGCACUCUUUCCCGCCUGAUGGGGCCCCGUGUCUCGGGGGCUGGACACCUGCACACAUUCUCCUGCCAUCCCUUGCCCGAAGCUUCCAUGGGCUUCUACCAACUCUGCAAUGUGAAGACCGCAAGGUGGCUAGCUGGAAGCGGUUCUCCGCUCCAGCCUCCUCAGUCGGAACCCUGAGGGGACACACACACCCGACCCUCCCAUAACUUUCUAAGCAAAUUAUGUAUCUUCCACCUGAACCAUCCAGAGGGAAUGUCUUCCAGGCCAGACAACCAACUCGUUUUCCCUAUGGGCACAAUUUUGGAGGGUGGGUGGACAGAAUGCACACCUGGACAGCAUCCGGCAGAAGCUCACAGGGCACGGUUGACUUCAACUCUGAUAUUUUGGGUGGUUCUUACCCUGGUCUCCCCAAGACUGUCCUAUGCCAUCUACAAAGUAGCCAACAGUGACAGCCACGAAGCAGGGUGUUCUGGCACAGUUUAGAGACUAACUCGGGCUCAUUCGGUGGCUCCUCACAAAUCCUUGCACCAGACUACCAACCCCCUAUCCUCCAGAUGAGGAAAGAGAUACAGGCUAUUUGAGUCAUGUGUGCAAUGACCUAGUGACAGAUUUGGGGUUCAAAGCACCCCCCACUCACCCUGUGUGUGGCCACGGUUCAGUCAUCCAGGCGCCUGGACUGGCAGUUUGAGCUGCAAACAGUAAUGGGCCAGAGAGGGCUGCAAGCUGAUGCUCCUACACACUGGAGCUUUCUCCUGGGGCCUCCCCCAAACUCUUCUUAUCCUACUCACUUCCUUCAGUAAAGUGGCCUCUCCAUUAAGAGCUCAAGGGGCUUCCGAAGACGGUCACAUCUCAGCAUGCCUCUCAACCGUAGGGUAAGUCCCAUGCCCACUGAGGAUUUCAUUCCCGACUAUAAACGAAAGGGCUCUCUGGCAAUAAGAGUCCAGAAUGGGCAGCAAAAUGGCUUAUCGGAUAAAAGUCUCCUGAAGUCCAAUGGCAUGACUCCAAUCCCUGGAACCCACAUAAAGGUACACAGAGAGAACACACUACAAAGUUGUUCCCUGACCUCCACACGUGCAUCACAGCAUGUUACACUUGUGCCCACAUACACAACACACACACACACACACACACACACACACACACACACACACACACACACAGAUUCUAGAACCUUUAUUUGAAGACAUUUUGGAGAGCAAGAUCUUUGGUCAGGAUCUAGAGUUAGACCCCACAGAGUUUCAACAAAGCAGCCCAGGAAGGGUUGCAGGGCCGCUAGCUGGGAGCAGUGACGACCCAGUAAAGCCUCACCAGUGCCCGCUGGGGAGUCUGUGGAACCAGGACCUUGGUGGCCAACAAACCUGUGCUGCCACUGACCUGGGGCUACCCAAUCUCACAGGGCUCUCAGGAACCUAGGCUGGGCUUACCCCUUCUGCCACGGUUCAGUCAUAGCCACAUGGAGCCAGGUAGUGCCUGGGCAUCUACCUGGCCAUGGAGUGACUCAGAUAGGACCCCAAACAUCAGAGCUACCAAGCCAUGGAGGGUAUCUCUAAUCUACUCCUUCUGAGGUCCAACUGGACCACUCCCCUCACUCCCCUGGCAUCCCAUGCAACACCCCUCAACUCAGUUCCUCAUUGUUACGCUGGUGUAGGCAAGUCUGCGUGACCAGGGACUUCUGGGAACCAUGAACCCCAACCCUUGGAUUAGGAGGCCUCUCCUCUUGUCGUGCAGAGACAAGGCCAAGCUGGUCAUCAGCAGACAUGGCAGAUGUGUUGCCUAGCAGCAUGGCCUUGUCCCAGCCCACACCUGUCCUGGCUGGAAGCUCCAAGCUGCCCCGGCAGUACUGUGCUGGCAUUCAGUCAAGGCUGUUCUGGCAGGAGCUCCCAGGAAGCAAGGUCACGUUCUCUGAGUGUUCCUAGCGACCUGCAGAGGCAGGGCCACUCCAGGACAGCGAACACAUGGGAUCUAAGUCUCAGGCUCGCAGUAACCUCUAUGGGCCUCAGUGCCUUGACCUCACACAGGCUGACACUACCUAGACUCUACAGCAGCUCAAACCGUGUGGACACAAGUGUUCCCUUCCAGUCCUCCCGCACUGGCAUUCACUGUCUCUCCUGUGGUAAGAUACCCUCAUGCUGGCAGACUGGGAAAGAUGGGGCCUGCUGUAAUGGGCACAUGGUUCUGCAGAGCCCCAAGUUGGGCAUGUCCGGAGCAGCAGCAUGAGGGAGCAGCCAGCUGGGAAGAGGCAAAGGAAGCCCAGCUGACAGAAGAUCUACGUGGUUGGCACCUGCCGAUGCUGCCUGUGGAGUCAGGCCCCAGCAGCAGCUCCCGGUGUGGUCCAUGCUGCCCACUGCUGGUGCUGCUGGUCUGCAGAGUGGCAGAAACAGUGUUGGAUUCACAAAGCCUGGGGUUCAAAUCCCAGACUUAACCUCUUCCUGAAUGUGAGCCUCAAGUCAGCUUGCUUAUCUUUCCUGUCUCUCAGAUACCCCAUCUAAGAAGUGAGACUAUAUGGGAUACCUAACUACAAGCUACUGGUCAGGGAGGUCCCAGAGGUCACCAAAACUAGAUGGUAAGAUUCUAGUGCAUGAGACACACAUUGGUUGUAUGACACAGAGAUCAAACUCCGACCCAAAAGCUUCCUCCUUGCUGACUAGCUUUCAGCACUGGAAGGAGCCAUAUAGGCCACCGGGGGUAGAAAACACAUCAGCGUUACCCAGCACUCAACCCUGCACGCUACAGUACUGACCUACCAUGCACAAUGUGUCCCCUGGUGCAACGCUGGAUGAAGGUUAUGGGGAUAACCCAACAAUUUUGAGACCUGCUCUGCAGGAGGGAACUCAGGCCUGGCACUACAAACCUGGUCAAAAGUCCAUGGUUAGGGCAGUGCCAGGCCCAGGGAGGAACUUACUGCUGCUCUGCUAAAGGACAUGUUGUCACACUGCCACCCAAACACUUAUGUUUAUACCUACAGGUCAGUGCUGCCCUUAACCUUGGCCGGGGUGGCUUCUGGGCAGUGACCGGCAGCGGCUAGCCGUUAACAGACUCAGUGGGCCAAAGUUCGGAGACAGUGACUGGGGAGUGCUCAGCCCGACAGGGAUCUGUACCAACCUUUCUCACACCCCUCCCCAAGGAUCAGAGCACACUGUAGAAAAGGGAGCACAAACAAUGCUAAGCGCUGGGGGGAGGAAGAGAGCCGUGAAAUGCUGGCAUUUAGACAGGACACGGACAGCACAUUCAGGAACUCACCCAAGCUGUGGUCACCUGCCCAAGAUCAAGCCAACAGGACCAGCAAACACUUCAACAGGCAGGACUAACUGGACUCAGGGGUUAUAAAAAAGGAAAAGGGGGAAAAAGAAUAUGCUGGAGUUGGGGGGCGGGCAGGAGGGCUGAGUAGGGUGCACGGGACCAAGAUGAUGUUUCUAUGUAUAAAAUGGUCAGGUAAACGGAAGAUUCGAUGUUUUAAGUAGUCUAAGACCACCUACCCACCUCCUAGUGUGCCAAGGCAGACUGCUCAUGCUGAGGUCGGGCACAAGGCCCUGACUGCUGCAUGGGGGAGGUGGAGCUAGGCCGGGUUCAAGCCUGUGUCCCAGGCACAGCAGCUGAAAAGCCCUGGCCGGGUUUAAUUGUGAUGGCUUCUCCUGGAGAGCCAACCCAACAUCUACCCAGAGGAGCUGAAGGUCACGUCAAAUCUGAAAGGUGGCUUUGUUCUACUUCAUCUGUUAUGCAUGAAAGAGCGGGCGGCUGGGCUCAGGAGCCAUAAUUUGAGGCAUCCGGAGACUAAACGCGUUGGCCAAAUUUAAACCGAAAGAUGAGCUUGUUGGGUGUCUUUUCAAAUUAUGGAGAAAGAAGAAAGAAUUCUUUAGUCUGCUCUGAUCCACUUGGGCCCUGCAGGGAGUCUGCUCGUCGGCUGGCAUCAGAAGACUCUGCCUCUGGACACUUGAAAUAGGACUAUUACAGAAAUGCCCGAGACCCCCACAAGCUACAGGAAGCAGCAGAAGCUGGGGAUCCCCGGACAGAAGUCCAGGGAACUGGAGGAAUGCAGCCUUGCUGGAAUAGUCACUGAGUCUGGGCAGGAGGACAUGAGCAGCUGAAUCCUAACUGUCUCUUGGGAAAUCCCUACAUGACAGGAUAAGGGUUAAGGACAUGAGAUGGGGCCCUGGCCAGGGCUACCUUCUGAGCUAAGCCCAGUGCCCUCAGCACUGACAUCUGGGCUCUCUGGGACUUCUGUAAGUCAGCUGGCAUACAGGAGGAGCACUGAGGGUGAUCCUCGCUGUCCCAGAGUCCACUGGGACUUUACACAUUCGAUCCAAUGUCCUUUGAGAUAACCUGUGAGCCGCUGGAGGUAUGAACUACCAAUAAUGCAGUAAUGGUCAAUAGUCUCAAAACUUAGGGACAUAGGCCUCAGAGACUGCUGUACCCUGUUUACAGACAGGAAAGCCGAGGCUCAAGGAAGCAGGUAACUAACCCAGGGCCAAAGCUGGACUUUAGGUCUCUUAAAUCACUGAACCCCCACCUUCUGCCUCUGUCCCCGUCACACAAAGCCACCACACAAGCUGAAUUCACAUGGGACAUGCUCAUCCUUAGCACUGAGCCCAGGACCAGAACAUGAGUAGCAAAGUAAGCCUGAGUCACUGGAGAGUCAUGGGAACGAUACAGUCCCUGGGAAGGGGUGCACAUGGGCACACUCACACCUCACACACUCAUGUCUCAGGGGCUGAGUCUGAUCAGAACAUAUGGCUAGAAACACUGUCAGUGUCGACACACUGGACCAUUGGUGUGGUCUUGAUGCAUCACCCAUCAGUGACCUUGCCACACAGUGACAGUUGCAGAGAAAGGUACUCUGCCGGCUCAUCAACAGGGAACCUGCCAUCACCCUCUAUUCCAGUCCCGCG